AUGUAUGUGCCGCCAGAGAACUUUGCACGGGUCUGCGAAGGUAUCUACCGAUCGUCGUUCCCGAGGAUUGAGAAUUUCGAGUUUCUCAAGAGCUUAGGGCUACGGUCGAUUUUGUGCUUGAUUCCGGAGGAGUACCCGAUUGAGAACAGCAAGUUUAACGAGAGCAACGGGAUUCGGUUUUACCAGAUAGGGUUGAGCGGGAACAAGGAGCCGUUUGUGAAGAUCAAGCCGGAGUUGGUGACCGAGGCUAUCAAGAUCUUGAUCAGCCCCGAGAACCAGCCCGUGUUGUUGCACUGCAAUCGGGGAAAGCAUCGUACAGGCUGCAUUGUGGGCUGCAUACGAAAGCUGCAGAAGUGGUCGCACAGCAUGAUCUUCGACGAGUACCGCAAGUUUGCCUAUCCGAAAGAGCGGCCGCUUGACCAGCAGUUCAUCGAGAUGUACAACGGCCAUGAGGUGGAGGACUUUGCGGUGCAGAACCGUCUGUUGCCGAUCCAGUGGUAG